AAUACUUCCAAGUACUGGAUUGGAGGGAAUGCUAUCAACCAAAACGGCAUGUGGCAAUGGAAUGAAGGCUCCAUUCUCAGUUUCAAGAAAUGGGCACCUGGCAUGCCGAGAAAUUCACAGAAGAAUAGAUGUUUAACCACAAGCUAUAUCGGGUGGGAAAACGACGAUUGCGAAGAGUCGAAGCAUAAAUAUUUAUGCGAAUCCAUUCGCCCUCAUUCUUUACGAAUGUCAAGCCAGAACAUCAUUAUAUUCGAAGCCAGAAAUACCAAAAUCGAAUGCACCGCCGACGGAUUCCCACUUCCCGAUGUUGCGUGGCACAAAGAUAAUCAAAGAAUCACUGAUGAAACUGAAGCGCGGAUUCAUCAAUCUGCUGAAUCAGCAAAAUCUACUCUUCUAAUUAACAAUGCUCGACUAGAAGAUGCUGGAACCUACAGAUGUUAUGCGAUCAAUUAUGCAAAUGGCACCAAAGGAUGGACAGAAGGAUUUGCGAAACUAAAAGUGCUUCCGCUGGGAGAACCAAUUUCAGAAUACGAUAGGUUCAAAGGUUUGGAACGGGAAUUCGAUGAAGGGGAUAGCAAUGAACAAAAUAUUGAGAACAACCCAGAAGAAAAUGCUUGUGCUGAUUACGGAUGGGUUCCUCCUGUUCUUAUUACAUUGUUUGUUGUUCUUAUUCUUCAGUUUGUUUUUAUUCUUUGCCAAAGAAGGAUCUCUGCUCAGAAUUCUACUAAUAACAAGGCUGCAAUACAUGGUCACACCAACAUCGAAGUGUUUCACAUGGGACAAGAGCAAAAUAGUUAGAGAAUGAAAAUAGAAUUUGAUUUUGACCGUUAUUUAUUUGUUGAGAUUUUAGUUUAUGAUUGUAUUGAUUAAAAUGCAAAAAAUAGGUCAUCACAUUGUAUUAAAAGUGUAAUAAUGUUUGAUAAUUAAGUUUAACUUUUUCAUAAUGAAAUCGGUAAAUUAAUUUUAAUAUUCACUGUCGCAACCUAAAUUUAUUUCAUAACUUCGCAAACAACUGCAAGGGUUUCCCGGUUUAAAACAGCUUACACUCAAAGUCCUGCCAUGGAAUGUUUUUUAGGGAAACCCAAUUUUGGUAACCUCAAUAAUAGUUUUGAAACUUUAAUUCAUUAAAACGUUAGCAGCACCACAAGAAUUUACGAAUAAUAAAUUAUCAACAGAACAUGACUCAGAUAAAAGUAUGCCUAGGAUGAAACAGCAGAUAAAUUACUGUUAACAAACAAAGUUGAGAUUACCAAAAUAGCCCAUAAAAUAUACAAUAUAAAUUACCACAUUAUGUUCAAUAUAAUAUGUAUUGCCGCAAAGUAUGACACGAAAAUAAAUUACUGUUGCCGGGUAAUAGGCACAACAUAGUUAAGAUUACUAAAAUAUGCAAUAUAAAUUACCAGAUUUUGUUCAAUAUAAAUAUGUAUUGCCGAGCUGCACUUAAGUCACUUAAGAUCUACCGCCUUUCAAUAACACCGAUAGGGUGUAUGAUUGAAUUUUUUACCGGAAUGCUAUUUUGAUGCUUUGAUCUUAAUUACGUAAUUGCCUCUUAAUUACUAUUAUUUGAACUUGAAUAUCGCCUUUUUUUGCUUUCAAUGUAAGUGUCAUUGUUUGAAUCAUAAGUUGUGACAUAAUGCUAAAAAUAAAAUAAAAGAUUUUGUUAAAUUUUACAAUUUUAAGGGGUUCCACUGUGGAGUGAAUAGGUACCAUUGCUGAUUUAGGUUUUGUAUUUAUUCAAACAAGACAAACUCAGUGCGUGUUGGGUUGGGUGCAAGACUUUUUAGCUUGAAUUUGAUCAGAACU